AUGUCAUCAUGGACACAUUUACUUGGACCUAACUAUGAUAGAACUAAACACACAGUCAAUAGUUUAAUGAUAUCUUCUAUGAACAGUACAAAUCUACCAAAAAUCCUGAUUGUAUUAGGUACACGUCCUGAAGGAAUCAAAUGUGCUCCUUUGAUUUCUGAACUAAAAUCAGAUCAUUAUCGUUCAAAAUUUCAAGUUAUUGUACUUAGUACUGGUCAACAUCGACAAAUAUUACAACAAACUUUAAUUGCAUUUCAACAAAAUAUUGAUAUCAAUUUAGACUUGAUGAUGUACGAUCAAAAAUUAUCUGAAUUAUUCAUUCGAGUGUUUUCUGGAGUAACUAAACAAAUUAAUAUAAUUCAACCUAAUUUAUUGAUAAUACAAGGUGAUACAACAACAGCACUUGCUUCUUCUUUAGCUGCUGCAUAUCAUCAUAUUCCUGUUGCACAUGUUGAAGCAGGUCUUAGAUCAUUUAAUCUAUCAAAUCCCUAUCCAGAAGAGCUCAAUCGCAAAAUCAUUGAUUCUUUUGCAAAACUUAUGUUUGCUCCUACAACAUUUACCAAAGAAGUACUUCUUCGAGAAGGUGCUUGUGAAACAGAUGUCUUUAUUACAGGAAAUACUGGUGUUGAUGCAUUCUAUGCAUAUCACAAAAAAACAAAUACAACGAAAGAUAUCUCAAUAUUGAGAACUAUUAAUAAUUUUAAGAAAAAUUUUACAAAUGAAAUCAAUUCUAUCAUCAUUCUUGUUACAAUGCAUCGACGAGAGAAUUUUGAAUAUUUGUUUGAUAUGUGCCGUGCUAUUGCAACUAUAGCAAAAGAACAUGAAAAUAAUGUUUUAAUUAUUUUACCUAUUCAUCCAAAUCCAAAUGUAAAACAUGUAAUAUUAAAAAAUUUAGAUGGAUUAAAAAAUGUCAAAAUUGUUGAUCCAAUAUCUUAUGAUAUAUUUGGACAUGUUUUAUCACAAUCAGAUAUUGUUAUGACUGAUUCAGGUGGAAUUCAAGAAGAAGCAGUUACCAUUGGAAAAACUGUUAUUUUGAUGCGAAUGACUACUGAAAGGCCUGAAGGAAUUUAUCUUGGUACAAUCAAACAAAUAGGUAUCAACUAUGAUGAAAUUGUACAAGCAGUUAAUUUAGAAUUGAUUAAUUUCAAAUCAAAAAAUCGAAUAUCAAAAACAAAUAUUUUUGGUGAUGGAACAGCAUCGAAGAAAAUUGCAGCUAUUAUAGAUAAUUAUUUUUAUGGUAAGCAUAUACCAAAUUUGAAAUGUAUGACAAAAUUUCGUCAAGAUUCUAUUGCUCAAGUUGUUUAUUCUUAUUUGAAUGUAUCUCAUACAAAUAUACCAUCACAUACUAUUAGACGAAACAUAAUGAAUAAUCUUACAAAAGUACAACCUGCUCUUAUUCUCGAUGAAUUGCUCAAAAUUCCUAGUCGAUACAAUAUAUCAAAUCAAAAUGAAGAAACAUUUACAGUUACUGCUAUCAUUGGAAUGUAUAAACGUCAAGGUUUAAUUCAAAGAUGGAUUGAAGCACUUCUUUUACAAACACAUCCACCCAAAUAUAUAUGGAUUACUUAUUUUGCGUCACCUAUUGUAGAUAAAAUUAAGCUCGAAAUUGAAAAAAUACGUCCAUUAUUUAGUAAUGGAUCAAAUUAUUGUAAUGAUUUGUGUGCAGAGAAAAAGUGCAAAAUAAACUCUACUAUUAAUAAUAUGGCUCUAUCUAAUUGUAUUGAGAAAUGUCUGACAUUGUGUAUGAAAUUACCUUCAAUUCUAUUCGUAGGCAUGGGAGAAAUGCAAUUAAAAUAUUUCGGAAGAUUUCAACUUGCUCUUCAAUGUCAAACAAAAUAUGUAAUCGUUUUUGACGAUGAUUGUAUACCACAAGCACGCUAUUUUGAAACUGCAUUGCAUACAAUCAAUACAGAACAAUAUCGAGGUAUUUUAGGAACUAAAGGUACACCCGCAUCAGCUAAUGUUUUCUAUGGUCCUUUAUCAAGAAGUAAUAGAAUAAUUGAAGCAGAUGUUGUCGGUGGAAGUUGGUUUAUGGAAAGUGAAUGGGUGAAACUUAUGUUUCAUGAUAAAAUAUAUUCAUGGAGUACUGGUGAAGAUUUUCAUUUAUGUGCAAAUGCACGUAAAUAUGCAAAUAUAAGAAGUUUUGUUAUGCCAGUUGAUAGAAAUCAUACUUCUACUCAUUCCUUCUCAAAAGAUUAUCUAACAAUCAGUAAUAGAGGUGAUACUACUGGAAAAAUAGCUGGAACUGCAUCAAGUAGAACAUAUAUUAAGGAUCAAUUAUGGUUACGUGGUGAUCGUUUGAUGCAUAGCUACAAAAAAUCGAAACCAUCAUUACUACUAUAUGCAGAAACACAGAAUGAUGCAAUGAUCUUAAUAAAAUAUACACAACAACAAAUGGCUCAAAUUGGUGGUUCACUUCACUUUGCAACUUCAAAUGUUGUAAAUACUGAUUUAGAAACUAUUGAAAUAAAAAAAGUAGUUCAAUCAUUUCAUGAUUUUAUGAUUGGUCGUGAUUAUGAUACAAAUCCAACACCAAUCAUUGCUGCUGCUGAAGUGCUUUAUGCAUUUGAUAUGGUUAUGCAAGGUACACAAAGUACAGCAGUCAUUAUACUAGGUUCUUCAUCAACAGUAACCAUGUUUGCAUUGGUUUCGGCGGCAUUUCUAAGAAAUAUUCCUAUUCUCAACAUUUAUAUAGAAAAUAGUAUUAUCGAUCAAAGAAUAGCAGAAGCU